UGUGACAACGUUCUUCAGAAUGAUUCAAGUUUUCGCUGAAUCAACGCCACCAAUGGACUUUAGACUGCGCGUCAAACGGUGAUGAAUGACUCUGAACACUAGUCUGCUUCUAACAGCUAAAAUGGGAAUAUUAUCUAGAUGCCUGAAUGCGUUUUCGAGAUAUGUGUUGUGCAGCUUCAGACAGUUUUCAGUCAAGUUAACUUGACUUUAAAGUGCAUGUCAAUGUAAAGAACUGCCCUUCAAUGAACUCUCGUCGUCUUUUAAUUUGCGCAAGCUGCUCAAUCGCUAAUAAUGUCACUUGUGGAGUCUGAUGAAAACACUCCGCUUCUCAGAGGCGAUAUUACAAGUGAUGGGGAUGCAGACAGAAACAGAUGGAGGUCCAUCAGGGUCAUGUACUUUACCAUGUUCCUCAGCAGUGUUGGUUUUACGAUUGUCAUCACUUCCAUAUGGCCCUAUCUGAAGAAAAUUGAUGACAGUGCAGAUGCCAGUUUCUUGGGAUGGCUGGUUGCUGCCUAUAGUUUGGGUCAGAUGGUGGCCUCACCCCUCUUUGGAUUAUGGUCCAAUCACAGGCCUCGGCGAGAGCCUCUAGUCUGCUCUAUAUUGAUCAACAUCUCUGCUAACAUUUACUACGCCUAUGUCUACCUACUUCCCUCACACAACAAAAUUCACAUGCUUUUGUCCCGCACAUUUGUGGGCAUUGGAGCAGGUAAUGUAGCAGUUGUGAGGUCUUAUGUGGCUGGUGCCACUUCCCUGACGGAGAGAACCAGUGCAAUGGCUAACAUGAGCGCCUGUCAAGCUCUCGGCUUUAUACUUGGCCCAGCUCUGCAGGCUGCUUUGUCAUUCAUCGGAGAGACUGGCGUCAAUGUGAGAUUUAUCCAGCUUCAGGUUAAUAUGUACACUGCUCCAGCACUGUUGGCGGCCUGCUUCGGGGUCAUUAACAUUCUACUGGUUAUAUUAGUCUUGAGGGAGCACUGUGUGGAUGACCAUGGAAAUCAUAUCCCUGCAAUUAACUACACCCCAGAAGAUCGAGUAGAAGUGACUCCUGAGGUAGAAGGUGAUAUCGACCAGUUUGCAGUGUUAACAUCUAACGUCCUUUUCUUUGUUAUUCUCUUCAUUUUUGCUGUGUUCGAAACUAUAUCUACUCCUCUAUCAAUGGACAUGUUUGCAUGGACAAGAAAAGAAGCCGUUUUGUAUAACGGCAUCAUAUUGGCUGCUAUCGGCUUUGAGUCCAUCCUCGUCUUCCUGGUGGUAAAGGUGGUUUCAAAAAGGGUAGGAGAUCGGCCACUGCUGCUUGGAGGCUUGGUGCUCAUAUUUGUAGGGUUCUUUAUCUUGUUGCCAUGGGGAAAUCAAUAUCCUAAAAUACAGUGGACAGGCGUUCAGAAUAACACUAUGCCAACAAUAAGACUGGCACCCACCCAAGCCUCGAACGCUUCUCUGGAGCCCACCGGAUGUCCGUCCGAACAGACCUGGUGCUUUUUUACCCCUGUAAUUCAUCUCGCACAGUACAUCACCUCUGACAUCCUGAUCGGAGUGGGCUAUCCGACCUGCAACGUAAUGUCCUACACUCUAUACUCAAAGAUACUGGGCCCCAAACCGCAGGGGGUUUACAUGGGCUGGCUGACAGCAUCAGGAAGUGGUGCGCGGACUCUCGGGCCUGUGUUCGUCUCUCACGUCUACACCCUCCUGGGACCCCGAUGGGCCUUCAGUGUCAUAUGUGGCAUAGUACUAGCUGCAGUCGUUCUCCUCAGUGCUAUGUACAAACGACUCAUCGCCUUCUCCAUACGCCAUAGAAGAACAAUAUUGUGACUGACAUGUGCCUCCACCAACUACUAAAGGACAGUUCAGUAAAGAUGGAAAACAGCCACUUGUACACCUGUGAAUGGUAUUUUUUAGACAAAUGUGGAGCUUUCAUAAUCAUGAAUCAUCGUCUUCCAUGUAAAUGUAAAUAUUUUUACUUUAUAUCCCCUAUAUAUUAAACUACACCUCCCAU